ACAUGUUUCCACAUGUUGGAAUUUGAUACCACUUAUUCUGGAGUCGUGCAUCUGGUUUGGAUGGUUAACAGGGAACGUAGGGAUAGUCCUACUGCCUGCCUGCCUGCCUAGUGGGCAACUAGAUGACUGAAUCUGAGGAUGUGGCAGGCAGAACGCUAGGGCUGUAGUUGAAACAGGCACGCACAGCUGGGCUGAAACAUAUGUUUUGAAUAAUAGGCUAUUAGCGGAGAUAUUACAUUUCUUUAGGCGUUUGCACGGUGUUGGACGUUGGCUUGGUAUCCAGAUGUAACGGUCUACAAGCAGUGGUUAGCUUCGGAUCAAGCUGGUCUGCUUCGGUUGAUCAAUUUAUCCGAUCCAGCCAAUGAUAACCAUGACGACAGAAAUCUCCACCUCCAUAAACAUCAAGGAGCCUCGAUGGGACCAAGGGACGUUUAUGGGCCGGGCCAAACACUUCUUCACCGUUACAGACCCCCGCAACGUCCUGCUCACCAACGAACAACUAGAGAAUGCACACAAAGUCAUCAGUGACUACCGGCAAGGUGUGAUGUCCCCCGGGCUGACAGAGGACGAGCUAUGGCGAGCCAAGUAUAUCUUUGACUCAGCCUUCCACCCAGACACCGGAGAGAAGAUGAUCCUGAUUGGCCGCAUGUCUGCUCAGGUCCCCAUGAACAUGACCAUCACUGGCUGUAUGAUGACCUUCUACAAGACAACUCCAGCUGUAGUCUUAUGGCAGUGGAUCAAUCAGUCCUUCAAUGCAAUAGUCAACUACACCAAUAGGAGUGGAGAUGCUCCUCUCUCAGUCAAUCAGCUUGGCACAGCCUAUGUAUCUGCUACCACAGGGGCAGUAGCCACGGCUCUAGGACUAAAUGCACUAACAAAGCACAUAUCUCCCCUCGUAGGGAGGUUAGUUCCCUUCGCUGCUGUUGCUGCUGCAAACUGCAUCAACAUCCCUCUCAUGAGGCAACGGGAACUGAAACACGGCAUUCCGAUAACCGACGAGAACGAUAACCGGUUAGGAGAGUCAACCACCGCCGCUAAGCAGGCUAUCUCCCAGGUGGUGGUGUCUAGAAUCCUCAUGGCCUCUCCUGGAAUGGCUAUCCCUCCGUUUUUAAUGAACACCUUGGAAAAGAAAGCAUUCCUGAAGAAGUUCCCGUGGAUGAGUGCACCUAUUCAAGUGGUCUUGGUGGGAUUCUGCCUGGUGUUUGCCACUCCGCUGUGCUGUGCACUGUUCCCCCAGAAGAGCUCUAUGUCAGUAAGCCGAUUGGAGCCAGAGCUUCAGGAGAAGAUCCGUGUGAGCCACCCCGGUGUGGAGAGGGUCUACUUCAAUAAAGGACUAUGAGUGUCCAGCCCAACAGUAGCGUUCCUCAGAGCAGCUCUACUGGCAGACACCACAACCCUCCUCAUUCUGUGUGCCAAAGUUCACUUCUGCUUCUCAUCCUCUCCUCUUUUCUGUCCUCUGCUCCUCAGACAGAAUCCCUUGGUUCUCUCCCCUUUCCGUCUCCCUCCCCCCUCUCUCUCGUGCUGUCUCUCCCUCUCUCUUUCUUCUGUCUCUCUCUUUCUUC